UGUGCUGCCGUUUUUUGCGUUUUCCAGUUCCACAAUCUUUUAUCAGCUAGCAGCAGGCAGCUGUCAACCAUCGUUCGUUCCGUUCCGUUCCGUAGUUCUUCGUCACUCAUCCAUCAGCGGGAGAAAGAAAACCUUCGACGGAUGAAUAUUGAAAUUCAAUUCCAAUUCAAUAGUGGGCAGUGUGUUGUGUUGUUCGUGAUUUGGUUAGUUUUAAACGCGUAAAAAAGUUCAAGACGACAGCCAUUCCGUUUUGUGUUCCGGAGUGGUUUCUCGAAGAGGAAGAAUCGGAAUCCUCCGCGCGAAGAUUGUGUUUCUCCCGGGGGCGGAAUCGUCGUACGAGGCAGCUGGUUGCUUUAUCAGUGUUCUGUGUUGUGUUCUACCGAGAGAAUUGCUUGUUCUUGAUUCCGAAAGGUCACCAGAAGUGAGCGCAGUGAAUAAUAGUGAUUACUGAUAAUGGUUUCCAGAAGAAGCUAGUGCGACUCUGCUCAAGAUCUCUCCUUAAUGGGGCGCUAAAGUGUAACCAAAGUACCUAGUGGAUUUUUCCUUUUGUGUGUGCAGAGCUGCAAGCGUUAGAUGGUGAUUCCGGGUCGGAACAACAUCAGCCGCAGCCAACGAGUAAAACACUUCCGAUGACCUCAGACGGACCGCUAGUCAAUUUGGAUUUCGAAGAAACCAACGCGAAAGCUAACUUUCCGGACGGAACAACCAUCGGAACAAUUGCGACGACGACUGUGAUAGCCGCUGUUCACCACCACGAAUCAAAGGAACCAUCCUUACACAGAUCGUCGUCUUCACUGGUGAACGGAGGCGGAAACUUUUCCGGAACUUCCCCAGGAGGAGGAAGUGGCGGAGGAGAACCGAACCUUACCCCUCGAUCCGCCAAUGUAGACAAGCAGAGGGGCAAAGUCAAACAGCAUGAGAUAGGUGUUGAUCUGUCGGAUUACGAGCGAUACCGCCUAAACUCACAAUCAUCUGUAGAGGACUAUAUUGGGGGUACCGUCGGUGGCACGUUGUCCCUCAUUCCGGAAGUGCACUUCGAAGGAAUCACGCUGGAUUCCGGGAUCGAUCGGGAAUCGCAGCCGCUGCUGGGCGGCCGCGACCAUGAGAUUACCUACAAUCAGUUUCCAGAUGACCCCCACUUCAGUGAUCUGGUGUAUUCGGCCGAAAUCGCCAUCGAUGGCGGGAUCUACCCGGAACGCAUCUAUCAGGGAAGCAGUGGAUCAUACUUCGUGAAAAACCCUGCCAAGAAAGUAGUAGCGGUGUUCAAACCGAAGGAUGAAGAACCCUACGGAAGGCUCAAUCCAAAGUGGACCAAAUGGAUGCACAAACUGUGCUGUCCAUGCUGCUUCGGGCGAGCAUGUCUCAUUCCCAAUCAAGGCUAUCUCUCGGAAGCCGGCGCCAGUCUAGUGGAUCAGAAGCUAAAUCUAAACAUAGUACCAAAAACCCGCGUUGUCCGACUGGUUUCGGAGACGUUCAACUACCCGCGUAUCGAUCGCCAAAAAGCCCGGAUAAAGAAAACCAUCAAGGAGCGAAUACCGGCAGCCCGUUUCAAUCGGAUGAGCCUUCCGCCGAAGACGGGCUCAUUUCAGUUGUUCGUCGACGGUUACAAAGAUGCCGACUAUUGGCUGCGACGGUUCGAGCAGGAACCACUUCCUACUCGAUUAUCGCAAAAGUUUCAGCUCCAGUUCGAACGGUUAGUGGUGUUGGACUACAUCAUACGGAACACAGAUCGUGGCAACGACAACUGGCUCAUCAAAUACGAACAACCAUCGAUAGUGGCGCAAGUUAACGGCGGUACGCCAAAUGGAAUGCCUCGAAGUAGCAGUCGGUUAGAGAUGACCGAGAACACCGACUGGAAUUUGGUUCAGCUGCCGGAAAUUAGGAUUGCCGCCAUCGAUAAUGGGCUGGCGUUUCCCUUCAAGCAUCCGGACUCGUGGCGAGCCUAUCCCUACCACUGGGCUUGGCUGCCGCAGGCCAAGAUACCAUUCAGUCAGGACAUCAAGGAUCUCAUUUUGCCCCUGCUGUCCGAUCAGAACUUCGUGGAGGAAUUGUGCAACGAGCUGUUCGAGCUGUUCCGCCAGGACAAGGGCUUCGAUCGGAGCCUGUUCGAGCGGCAAAUGUCUGUGAUGCGCGGCCAGAUCCUGAAUCUGACGCAGGCCCUCAAGGACGGCAAAAGUCCGGUACAGCUGGUCCAGAUGCCGGCUGUCAUUGUUGAACGAUCAAAAGUGAACCCAUCAGGACGAUUUUUCUCAUUCCAACAGCGCUUCCAAAACAAGAGCCCAUUCUUCUCCUGGUGUUAGAGGAAAAAAAAUCCACUAACGAGUCAUAACUAAACGAAUAACAACUGAAAACACCGAAAUUAGGUUUGAAUCUAACAACAAAAUGAAAAGUUAAGUGACUUGCGGCGAACGGCGCUCUUUAGGUGGAACAAUGUUCUGGGAACACUUAUCGUUUGUAUGUAAUCGAGGUAAUGAAAUGGAAACGUUAUAAAUUAUAUAUAUUGCAUAGUGAAACAAACUGUAUGUAUUUAUCAUUCAAAUUACGAGAAAAAUAAAGUUAUGCAUAGUAUAAAAUUAUACUAUUGAAGGUGAAUUAUUAGAAUGUCUUGCGAAAUUCUCUUUUUUGUAUAUUUAUUGUCGAACAACAGUCUGGGUUAUUUAUUGCUUAACGUCUACCAGUUGCAAUCUUAUGUAUAUAAGUCAAAAACGCAGAAGAUAAUUUCAGAAAAUUUUAAGACUUUUUGUUUUAUCAUUGGUGUACCAAAAACAGUUCCAAAAUGUUGAAUUCAAAAUGUUGAAACAUGAGUAAAACAUUUCAAUGUGACACUUGAAAAGUAGCGAGGAGUCAAAUCAAACAUCACUAGUCUUAUUUAAUAAAAAAAUACAUUACUACUAGAGAGCAGUAAAUACAUAAAUCUAAAUUUGAAACAAAUUCGUCAUACGAAAAUGAUGUACAAUAGCGAAAAAUAGCGAGGAAAAAGCGCAGAACCGGUUGGUCCAAAGAUGUUGAAAUUUUCGACAAAUUUCGUAAAAAACAAAACAAAAACCCACGUAAUCAGAUUCAGAAUAGUAAAGAAUGAUGUAGGGUAGAUACAUUUCAGUAGCUAGGUAGAACACAACUAGGCAAUUAUCUCACCAAGUAUCACAGAAUGGAAAAUUGAAGAAGAACCAGUCGUGAGACUGAAAUGAGUCAAUCCGUAUCAACAGUGAAGAGAUUUGUUUUCAUCAUCUUCAAACAUCAAAUCUAUACAGACACAGGUACACAGUACACAAAACCACUCAGAAACAUAGAGUCCUCAAUAGGCCAAUUAUGUUUUACAAUCAGUUACACUAGACCCGACAAGUGAAUCAAUAAUAAUCAUCAAAUACAGUA